ACACUUGUUCCACCUCGGUCUGUUUCCAUUGAGCCCGCCAACAUACCCAAAAUUUCGGCUCGCUCCUGCGCUCUUGGGGUGAGCACGAGGGUCGAUUAACGUGCUGAUUCCUGGGCACAGGGUCUUGGAUCACCCCGGAAGGUGCUCGACAUUGCACGAAUUGCGAUUCGCGGUGGAGUCAAGGGGAAUUGGCGGGGGCCAAGACCGAGCCUAUGCUGCGCCCGUCUCAUCAACCGUGAGCAAUGGCGCAGCCACGAUACUAUUCAGACGACGAGAUGGCCGCGAGCCAACCUCUUGGCGGGCCGGGCCCGACUCCUCCGCGCCAUCGCCAGUUUCAACAAUCGUACUACGAGUACUACCAAGACGCGCACGACCGCCCGCCGUCGCAGUACCAGCCCAGGCCACAAGCAGAUCCGUCCUUCGACAGGCUUCGCUCCCAGAGACGCUACAACCAAGAAGCCGCAAACGGCGGGCGAGGAGGGACAGGCCAAUACGCCGCGGCCGGCACAACACUACCGAGCGAAUACAGCGGCCACGGCCACCCGGCAUCCCCACCUCGGGCAUCUCCACAACGCGGUACAGAGAGACGUUCCUGGGGACAAGCCACCUCGUAUCCGCCACAGGCCCAACGCCCUUCUCCCCAGAGCACAAUCGCACCAGGAGCCGACAAUUUCAGCAACGCUGCCGCCGGAGGCAUGGCUGGUAUCGCCCUGACAGGCGCAGAACAGAACGCAGGAGAGAGCGGCCUCGACGCCAUUCACGGUCAACAACAACAACAACAACAACCACCACCACCACCACCUCAUCAACAACAACCAUACCACCAGUACGGAAACGGACGCGGAGACGGCUACGGAGAAAGGGGCAUGCUCUCCCCCGGCAGCAACUACCCGGGAGACAGAAAUUCACACGCGAGCUUGCAAGGGCUCGCCGCCGCGCCCCUCGGGUCGGGAUACUCCACUCCGGGCUCGCGAACCUCGUCUAGGAUCGGGGUCGACAUCUACACGGACGAUCCUUACCAGAAUUACUCGCGGCACCAAGACUCGGACCUGGGGGUCGUCAACCCGCACGACAUCAUCGACGACGGCGACGACGGUCUCGAAUACGGACGGUCCGCCGCGCGGACCAGCAUGCUCAGCAUCGGAUCCAAACGUGACAGCCACGGUGCCGCUGCCGUGGGCGGCGCAGGCACCGGCGGUGUCCUCGGAGGGUUGGUCGGCCGGAACGGGAGCGGCAGCGUGAGCAACCAAUACGCGCCCGUCAGCACGGCGGCGCCCGGCGACGCUGCUUCGGGCGGGUCGGGCGGCGGAGGAGGGAUAUACACCGCCGCCGCCGUCGGUGCGGCUGCCGGCGGCGAGAAGGCGGCGUUGCACAGCGCCGUCUCCAAGGGCAGCGGCCGGGGCAGGAAGUGGAAGUUCGCCAUCCUGAUCGCCCUCGCCGUCGCUAUCGUCGCCGGCGUCGUCCUGGGCAUCUUGUUCGGCGUCGUGCUGAGGGACGACCACAAGGGCGGCAGCAAGAGCGGCGCCGGCUCGGACGACAGUACGUCGACCGCCGAUGGCGACACCAAGGCGAACGGCGACCUCGACGCCGACUCGUCCGAGAUCCAGGCGCUCAUGAACAACCCGGACCUCCGCAAGGUCUUCCCGGGCAUGGACUACACGCCGCUCAACACGCAGUACCCCGACUGCCUCACGAACCCGCCGUCGCAGAACAACGUGACGCGCGACAUGGCGGUCCUCUCGCAGCUGACCAACGUCGUCCGGCUCUACGGCACCGACUGCAACCAGACCGAAAUGGUGAUCCACGCGGUCAACCAGCUCAAGCUCCAGGACGAGGUCAAGAUCUGGCUGGGCGUGUGGCAGGACAAGAACGAGACGACCAACGCGCGGCAGCUGAGGCAGAUGUGGAACAUACUGGACAAGUACGGCACCAGCUACUUCAAGGGCAUCAUCGUGGCCAACGAGAUCCUCUUCCGGCAGGAGAUGACCAUCACGCAGCUGGGCAGCCUGCUGGAGGAGGUGCGGCACAACCUGACGGAGCGCAAGAUGUCGCUGCCCGUGGCGACGAGCGACCUGGGCGACAACUGGACGGCCGGGCUCGCGGCGCAGAGCGACGCCAUCAUGGCCAACAUCCACCCCUUCUUCUCGGGCACCAAGGUGACCGAGGCGGCCGACUGGACCAUGUACUUCUGGGGCAACAAGACGAGCGGGUUCCUCAAGAAGGACGAGAGCAUGAACAUCAUCGCCGAGACGGGCUGGCCGUCGAGCGGCGGCACCAACUGCGGCAGCGACUACGUGACCGAAUGCCCGGACGGCGCCGUCGCCGGCAUCGACGAGAUGAACCGCUUCCUCGAGGACUGGGUCUGCCGCGCGCUCGAGGACGGGACCGAGUACUUCUGGUUCGAGGCCUUCGACGAGCCCUGGAAGAUUCGCUUCAACGAGCCCGGCAAGGAGUGGGAGGACAAGUGGGGCCUCCUCACGGUCGACCGGAAGCUCAAGGACGGCCUCAAGAUCCCGGACUGCGGGGGGAAGCGGGUGUCGUCGUCGUAGCAAAUAACCUUUUUUUUUGGUCGAGUUGUUUUUUUUUUCUCUGUUUCUAUUUCCUUUUCUCCCUGUCUACUUCUUGGGUACUCUCGAAGUCUUGUCGCCUUGUUGCAUCAUGUUGUAGUUCCGUCAGGGAUGCGGAUACCCUACCCUGUCUUUGUUUUAAUCGUUGCUUAGGGGAUGUUGUUUGUAUGUACGUAUUG